AUGAGCCGCCCUGGUGCCUCCGGCUCCCGGAGCCUGGACCGCUCCAGCGCCCCCGCGCCCGAGGUACGGUGCCAGCGGGUAGGGGCCCGGGGCCAGACGACCCCCGGGAAGGGCCGGGCCGUCCCGGGGCUCGCGAUCGCACGGGGGGCCCAGGGACCCGCGCGGCGGGCAGAUCGCGGAAAGGGCCGGCAGGACAUUUAUGGUCAUUCUUUGGAAGUCCCAGUCACCCGGGAGCAGUUAAACCGCUAUCGGGAUGUGGCUGAAAAUGUUCAGAGCGAACUUGCAGCCACUUUGGUCAAGUUUGAAUGCGCUCAGUCUGAGCUUCGAGACCUCCGCUCUAAGAUGCUUUCUAAAGAAGUUUGCUGUCAAGAACUAAAGGCUGAGAUGGAGAGCUACAAAGAAAGCAAUGCCAGGAAAUCAUCUCUCGUCACCUCGUUGAGAGACAGAGUUCGUGAGCUGGAGGAAGAAUUAGCAGCACUUUCCACUUCUAAAAGCAGGAUAGAAAUCACAGCUCAGACUGCAACCAAGGAGAGCCAGAGACUAAUGAAGAAAGUCACAGAACUGGGGGAGCAAUUACAGAAGUGUUCAAUGGAAAAAGAAGAGACUAAGAAGCAAGCCUCAGAGAACUGCAGGAGACACGAGGAAUUUCUAACUCAACUUUGUGAUUGCUUGGAUCCAGAGAGGAAGCGCGAGGAGGCACUGAAAGAAGAUUUCAUUUCAAAGGUUAGAAAGCUGUGUGAGGAAAAUGCAUCUCUGAGAGGACAAGUGGUUACUCUUGAAGAGGCAGUAAAUGCCCAUGAGAUGGAAGCAAAAGCUAACAGAGAGACGAUCAUGAGGCUGGCAUCGGAAGUCAAGGAAGAGCAGAGAAAAUCUGCCUGCUGGAUGGACGGGAAUGACAGGCUGAAGCAGGACUUGUUUGGUGCUAUGGAGGCCAAAGAGGCUCUUGGAGAAGAAGUAAAGAUCCUCCAAGAGAGGCUGCUUACUGGCCAGCGGGCCUGGGCCACCUCAAAGCAGGAACUGAGCCUCCUGAAGACAAGCACCCAGGAGCUGGAGACGAGCUUGCAGGCCAGCCGGGAGGCAGCCAUGGCCUUGCAAAGUCAGAAUGCCACUUUUAGGCAGCAGAUCGCAGCCCUCCUUCCCUGCACGUUGGAGGAUGCCACAGAGGAUGCCAUUUUGGAGAGGAUUCGAGAACUGGGUGACCAGGAGGAGAGCAGGGAGAGGAUGGUCUCCCAGCUUGAAGCCCAAAUAGCCGAGCUUACUGAACAGUUGGGAAAGGAGUCUGAGUUUCACCAGGAAGCACUGCAGAGGGCCCACGCGGCAGAAAACAAGUCGGAGACUCUUCAGAGUCAGCUGACACACCUCGAGGGAGAGCUGGUUUCAGGAGAUGUUUUGCGAGACAACUUGAAUGCUGACAAAGAAAAAUAUCUUAGAUUUCUGGAUCAGCUUUUAGAGAAAAUGAACUUGAGCCAGGUGGCCGCUGAGCUUGGCUUCGACAUGCAGCUGGGUGUGAUCUUAGCUCGCGCAGAGCAGCUGGCCCGCCUUGAGAGCCUCGCCAUCACCGAAAACAAGACUAUUGCCCACAAUUUACAGAGAAAGCUCAAGACUCAGAAAGAAAGACUGGAAAGCAAAGAAUUGCAUUUGAGCCUCCUCCGGCGGAAAAUAGCCCAGCUGGAGGAGGAGAGGCACAUGCAAAAGGCCUUGACUGUGGAGAGAGACGAGGCCCAUCUUACCAUCAGGAAGCUGGAGAAGAAGGUGGAGAGGAUGCAGAAGGAGCUGAGCACGUGUCGGGAGUCUAACACGGAGCUCAAGGCCAAACUAGCUGACACCAAUGAACUUAAGAUUAAAACUCUGGAGCAGACCAAAGCCAUUGAAGACUUAAAUAAAUCCAGAGACAGGCUGGAGAAGGUGAAGGAGAAGGUAGAGAAGCAGUUGACAUCGGUCAAGUCAGAGCUGGGUUCUUUGGAACACGAGGCCAGGGAAAACAAGGAAAGGUCGAGAACCAUGAUACAAGUGGUAACCAGUGAAGUGAAGACCCUCAAACAGUCUUUGGAAGAAGCGAUGAAGAGGGAAAAGCAGCUGGUGGACUUCAGGGAGAUAGUUUCUCAGAUGCUGGGCUUGAACAUGACCACUCUUGCUCUUCCUGAUUAUGAGAUCAUCAAGUGUCUUGAAAGACUGAUCCAUUUACACCAGCACCAUUUUGUGACCUGUGCCUGCAUCAGUAACCUCACAACAGGGCAAGAUAGGCACCUGGGAGACCAUUUAAAAUUUCUUCACUGAACACUGAUCUCUGAGAGGGAGGUGGAGCUGAGAGAUGGCACACAGAGUUCCAUGUCACAAAGUCUUUAUAGAAAUGUGAUCGUAUUCUUCGAUAACUUAGUAUGGCUGCACCAUGGGCAGAAAAGGAUCUCAGAGGUUCCAGCCCCACACAAAUGUUCAGUUCCAAAAGCACCUGUUGCUUCAUUUGCUAGUGCUCUGAGAUUGAAGAAUCCAUCCAGACUGCAUCCUUGAGUGGGGAGUACGAGUGGACAGUUCCCAGUGAUGACAUAGCUUU